AUGGCUGAUGCCCGUGCCUCCAAGUGGAAGACCAUGAAGAGAAAAUCGUCUAUCCGUCUCUCUCCAGAUGCAGACAGCUUACGGCAACACUGUCUCCGUGCCAACUACUCGGCAUAUCUAGUGCGCCACCCCACACUGAAGAAUCACCCCUCGCCACUUGGACAUGGUUGGGAGUUGGUGGGUGGUCACUGUCGUCCUGUCCGCCACACACAGCCUGCUCUCCCCACACACCUACCUGCACCAGGGCCAGUUGAAAAGGAGGAAGAAGUUGAGAGUGAGAAGGAGGAGGAGGAGGAUGUUGCUCAGAGGAGGGUGGAGUCAUCGGAAUCUGAUGAGUCAGAAAGCAGUGACACAGAAUUCUCUGAUUCAGACUAA